AUGCAGGAAGAGAGGGAGAAAAAAGAAAGAGAAAGUCCGCGGGAGUACGUAGUGAAUCUUAUAGCGCACGUAAACCACGGGAAAACCACGGUAAUGGACAACGUCUUAGAGCAUCUCGGGGUAAUAUCUCGCAGCAUGGCCGGAGAAGCCAGACUCCUGGACUCCCGGAGAGACGAGCUGGAGAGGGGAAUGACGAUGAAGCUUUCUCCUGUGAGUGUUUUUUUUCAGGGCAAAAAAAUAACGUUUUUAGACACUCCCGGGCACUUGGAGUUUAAGUCCCUCACGGAGUCCACGUUCAUUCUCUCGGACGUCUCCCUCGUGAUUGUCGAUGCCACGAAGGGGGUCACUGAAAGGCUGAAGCAGCUCACCCGGGGACUUAGCGAGAACAAGUGCCGGAUUCUCCUGCUCGUGAACAAAAUAGACGCUCUUUUCAGGCUCGGGGUGGAAACGGGGGAAAUUGAGCACAGAAUUCAGGAGAUUCUCCUGGGGGUGGGGGAGGACUGUUCUGGGGAGGAGGUCAGCUGGGAGUGCGGGAAUGUGAUUAUUGGGAGUGCCCGCGAGAACUGGGCUCUUUCCAGGGACUCAGACCCCUCCAGGGCCCUGAAUAAGCCUGAAGGAAGCGUAAAAUUGACCCUGAAAAAAGCCGUUAGACUCGCUCAAAGCGUGUACAGGCUCCAGAGGGAGGAGCUCCUGCAGCUCGCAGAGCGUGUGGGAUCUGCAGGCAGGCCCGGAGGAAGGGGAAAUAUCCACGCGAAAGACGUUAUGUCCCAUGCUUUCGGGUUUUUCAGGGCACUUUAUAACGGCAUUUCCUCCCUUGGAGCAGAAAACAUAAAUUUUUCAGCAGAAAAUUCAGAGGGCGUAAUUGCCGUUAUAUGCGCUAACAUCGUCCUCAACGGGGAAAUAGUCGCAAUUGCAAGAACCCUCCAGAACAGGCACAUUUCCGUUGGGGAGUCCGUUUUCCUUAUGGAGGGAGAAAACACAGAACCUGCCUCCGUCCAGAGCCUCCUCUACUUCACGGAGAGCCUCGACCGAGUCCAAAAAGCCACGGGACUCGUGGGAAUUGCCGGACUCCCCUGCAGGAAGCGCGGAAUUGUUGCCUCCCACCCCACAGAGGAGGCAAAAGCCUUCCUACGCGCCCUGAAAUGGAGGAAUUUCUCCCCCCUUUUCACGGACAUCCUCAUCCCCGCCCCGGAGCAGUACGAGACUCUCCUGGAGAAGCUCUCCCUCCUCGCGAGAUGCGAGCCAGGACUCUUCCUCAGCACAAGACACGGGGAAAUCAUCGUCCGAAGUGAUGGAGCCCUGCAAAUAGACAAGAUAAAAACGGACUUGGAGGGUUUCAGGUUCACCACGCAGGACCAGUCCGGAGUCUACCAGGAGACUGUAGAGGGAGGAUCCGGAGUCGUAAAAUUCCCGAACUCUGAGACCCCGUAUAAAGUCGCCUUUAAGAGAGUCCUAGAAGUGCCAGAGGAGAAUUCCGGGGGAUACAGGCGCCUUUUCGGGCGAGACUUGUUUCUCUCCUGCCCUGAGGAUCUCCCCCAGGAGGUAAAACUCAGCAUUUUCUCCCUCCUUCAGGCAGGACCUUUCCUCCUGGAGAAGUGCAAUAUGCUCGCUCUUCGCGUGGAAAGGGCGGAGGACGCAGGAGAAAGUGCGCCCGAAACUCUCCCGCAGGUAUACCUCAACUCCACGCCCAGACUCCUCGUAAAUCACACGCUUUUGCAGGUUUCCGUCCCCCUCCCCCACGCAAAAGCUGCAGGAAAUGCGAUAUCCAAGGCCCCAGUUCGCCUGGCUUCCACGGAAGUGCGGGAUGCCUCCAUCCUCUUCCGCCUGAGAGUCCCCGUCUCAGAGAUUAAGGCCCUUGUAAGCGCUCUUCUCCAGCAGACGAAGGGAGAGGCAGAUAUUCUCCCAGAAAAAAAAGUCUUUUUUAUUCCCCCGGAGAGGCCGGAGUACGAGCAAAGCCUUUCCCGGGAGAUCCGCGAGAGAAAAGGCCUCGUACAAAAAGAAAAAAUAGCGUAA